AUGCCCACAGUGACGGUAGGACGAGAUGCGCUCAUGGCUGCGCUGGGGGAGACGUACGACGACAAGAGGUUCGAGGACCUCUGCUUCGAGUUCGGGGUCGAGCUCGACGACAUCACCUCUGAAGCCGUGGUGAUGAGGAAGGAGAAGACCAGCGAGAAGGUUGAGACUGAUGCUACUGAGGUAGUUUACAAGAUCGACAUCAGCGCGAACAGAUACGACCUGCUCUGCCUCGAAGGACUUUCUCUUGCUCUCAAUGUCUUCCGUAAGAAGAUCGAGACCCCCAACUUCAGGAGCAUCCGACCGCCGCCGGGUCAAGAGCACGUCAUCCGUGUCUCUCCACAAACAGCCCAGAUUCGUCCGUACGUUGUUGGUUGUGUGCUGCGAGGGCUCAAGUUCGACUCGAGGAGGUACAACUCCUUCAUCGACCUGCAGGACAAGCUCCACGAGAACAUCUGCAGGAGGAGAACUCUUGUCGCCAUCGGCACCCACGACCUCGAUACCAUCACUGGGCCCUUCACUUACGAGGCACUACCUCCGACCGACAUCGUUUUCGCUCCCCUGAACCAGGAGAAGACGAUGAACGGAGCUGAGCUGAUGGAGUUCUAUGAGAAGGACCAGAAGCUCAAGGCCUACCUGCACAUCAUCAGGAACUCUCCCGUGUACCCAGUCAUCUACGAUAGCAAGCGCACUGUCCUCUCGCUCCCUCCUAUCAUCAACGGAGACCAUUCCAAGAUCAGCAUGGAGACGAAGAACGUCUUCAUUGAAUGCACAGCGACAGAUCCGAUGCGUGCCAAGAUCGUGCUGGAUACCAUGGUGUCCAUGUUCUCCGGCUACUGCGAGGAACCGUUCUCCUGCGAAGACGUGAAAGUGAUCUACCCCGAUGGCAAGGAGCACUGGUACCCAGACUUGAAGCCUCAUGUCGUGUCAGCGGGAGUAGACUACAUCAACAGGAUCGUUGGUGUGGAACUUUCAGCAGAGAAGCAGAUUGAGCUCCUUGGGCGCAUGCAGAUCAAGGCUGAGCUGGACAAGAGCUCGAACGUUCUCAACUGCAUCAUCCCUCCUACUCGUCACGACGUCCUUCAGGCCUGUGACAUCGCCGAAGAUGUCGCGAUCGCCUACGGCUACAACAACGUCCCCAGAAGAAUACCUCCUACAAACACUGUGGGAAAGCAGCAGCCCAUGAACAAGCUGUCCGAUCUUCUACGAGGAGAGAUCGCACAGGCUGGCUUCACGGAGAUCCUGACGUUCGGCCUCUGCUCGCACGCGGAGGCGUUUGAGAAGCUGAAUCGACCUGACGACGGCAAGACAGCCGUGGUGCUCGCCAACCCCAAGACCCUCGAGUUUGAGAUCUGCAGACCGUCGCUGCUUCCUGGAACCUUGAAAACUUUGUCGAACGGCCAGAAGAUGCCGAAGCCGAUCAAGUUGUUUGAAAUCACAGACGUUGUUCUCAAGGACGACUCGAGCGACGUCGGAGCGAUCAACCGACGACACCUUAGCGCGAUCUAUGGCGGCAUGACGUCCGGUUUCGAGGUCAUCGUCGGACUCUUGGACCACGUCAUGAUCCUCCUAGACAUUCCCCGUGACAAGGAGAAGGGAUACGCUGUCGUAGAAGCCAGUGAUGGCGCUUUCUUUGAGGGGAGAUGUGCCAACAUUCUGCUGAGAGGAGAAGUCGUGGGAGUCUUGGGCAUGUUGCAUCCCAACACCCUUCAGGAGUUUGAAAUUCCGUUCCCCGCAUCGGCGAUCGAGUUGAGAAUGGACAAGCUGAUCGAGUUCUAGAAGCCUUGAGGUUCUCUAGCCAGUGAAGGAUGUCUUGAC